UACUUCAGAGAAAGCCUACCCACGACAAAACCUAACCACAGUGCUUAAUCACAGCAAGACUACUGCCCACGGCAAGACCACUGCAAGACCACUGCAAAACUUAGCCAAAGACUUGUUCCAGACGAAACUUGAUAAGACAAACUUGAUAACCGCAAGCUUUAAUCACAGAAUAUUUACUACUGCAAAACUUUGA